AUAUGGUGCAUUACCCUCGGUGUCGGAGUCAAAGUUUUCAGGCGGCCAUUGAGAGUGGCCAGCAGACUCCUGGUGAUAACAAAGACAGCGUGACAGAUGGCUUUAGAUUUCCUGGUAAUGGUAAACAAGUAUAAAAAAGGCAAUGUUUGUAUUUGUGAAGAUCACACUGGUUCAUGUGCUAAAUGUAAUGCCAGGAAUGCUCCAGACAAACUUCAGCAGGGUAGAAUACAGGAUAUGGGUAAACCAAACGGGACAUUCAACAUAAGUAAACCUAUUGUGUUGGGGGGUAAACAUGGAGUACAGACUCAGAGUUCUGAAGAAAGCCAGGAUGGCACAAACACUAGUUCAGUUGACGACUACUGCUGGAAUGAUAACAUGGGUCAGAAUUCCUACUCAAGCUAUAGCUUCUCCCACAUCUAUUAUCCUCCAGAGAACAGAGAGCCAGUGAAUGACAACAGGAGCUCCCCACACUUGACAAGGAAGCUGUCAAUUUUGAUUGAGGAGGAUGACACUAAUUCUGAGGCUGAGGUUCCAAAGUCACCACUAAAUAUCAGAAGUGGUUUGACCAGUAAUAAAAUCAGGGAUCGUCUGCAAACUCCACAGUCCAAACCACUUGACCUCCCACAAGGCAAUGACAGGGGAAAGACAAAACUGGUUCAUCUGCCAGACGGAGGACAGUAUGGCAAUCCAUCCAAAGUCCAUCCAACUGCAGCCAUUGUGCAUCACAGUUGUCCAGUUCAGGAAAAUGCCAGUAAACAUCAAAGUAAAGUUUCACUAGUCACUCCAGAGAGGGAAGUAUCCUGGCAGGAUCAGGAGAAAGGUAAGGAACAAACAACUCUGGAUUGGAGACAGGAUUUACCUGAUGGUAUUGUAGAGCCUUACCACACACCUACCCAGACCCUAUACCAGACGGCCUGUUACCCACCCCUCUCACCCCAACAAAGGAACAGUGGUGGAGAUGGGGAAGUGACAGAAGAGGAAGAGCAUUGCCUGACCUGCAAUCUGGCCCACAGUGUUGGAAAGUUGUCAUUACCAGACAACAUGAGCUCCAAAGAAUUGACAAAACCAAACCGUUCUCCAAAGACACCUUUGUCAGGUAGGAUAUUCCCGAGCCAGUCUGUCAAAGCCAAUGACUCAACCGUAAAAGAUGGUUUAGUCGAUCAUCAAGUAACCAUGACUGGAAUUUCUGCUAACCAUACCCAGGAUAAACCUGAUGGCAAGAAAGCUGUCGGUCAUGCCAAAACAGAUCUCAGUCCUUCAAUGACCAAAGCAAUCCCAGGUGUCGUGCAGAACAACACGGAACAAACGAUGAAGGACCAAAAUUCUUCAGACUCCGAAACUCUUGCGAAGAGCUGCAAGCUAGCAAAGAUACGACAGGAUCACCUGAAUAAGAAACGAGAGCAGAUGAAACAUGUGAAAAUGCCAGAACUGAUGGAGACACAGGAAGUCGGCAGUUUAAACGGAACUAUGAAACCAGAGAGCAAUGGAGGGGUGAUCCAUCCUCCGCCACCCUCCAACCAGCCAGCCUUCCCUAGCAUAUCCAACGCAUUCCUACAUAAUCUCAAGCUCAACUCGGACACUGUCAAUGGAGACGACGAUGGGUCAGAGCAAGCUAGUGAACUGGAAAUUGAGAAAAAAUUCACCAGCCUGUCCUUGGCAUUCAAAACUGACAAGUUAACUUUGGAAAAACGUCUGGAAAUACAGGAAAGGUCACGGGAUAUAGCAGAACAAAACGUGGACACGGAACUAAAAGGACUCAAGGAAAAUCUGGAGACGCUGAACCAGUUAUGUACAGACUCACAGGUACGAGAUGUCCUCAAGAAAAUACAGGCACACCUAGACAUCCUCGAACAAGCUGCAGCCCGAGUGUCGAGUCGGGCGGAGGUAUUCGGGGCAGUACAACAGGAGAAGAGGAUGAGCAAGGCAAUAGAGAUAAUGAUAACACAUGUAGAUACUAUACGUAUGGUCCAUGAGCGUGUCAACGCAGAACUUGAGGAAGCUAGAAAACUUAUACAAGACAGUCGUCCAUUUGGAAGUGCGGGUUUAGAUAUAGGUGAUUUUCCACACAUGAGUAAGCGGUCUAUGUCCCUCUCCCAACAAGGUCAAGGUCUCCAGUCAAGGAUGAAGGGUCGUCGUGUCAGUGAGGUAGCGAUCCCUCGGGCACUGGGAGGGACAGGCGUUCCAACUUUCACCCACUCAUCGUCCAUGGAUGCUUCUACUCUGUCUCUGGAAUGCAAGCAACCAACAUGGCCCAGGAAAGACUCGCCAGACACGGAGGAUGCCAAAUCCCGAUUCCAGUGUGCUGUGGCAUCUAUGGCCAUGAAAAACGCUGUUACAGACACUUUUCGUCGAGGUUCUGCCACCCUGGGGAAGCAGGCCUCUGUCAGUGGCACACCUCCGAAAUCCCGUGAGAACUCAACGGAAAGCAAAGAGGUUCAGGACAAAUCACCAAGUAAGCAGAAUUCUAAAGAGGAGGAAGCCUUCCAAAAGGGGUUCAAGCAAGGUUACAAGGCACAGAUGGGACGCGAGCUUUCAUCCUUACGGGAACACCAGAACUCCAUCAACCAGAACCUGGAGGAACUUAUGGACACUUAUGACAGUCCACCGGAGGAAGAGGAAAGGGCAUUCAAGGAAGUUGUGAUGGAGAAAUUAUGGGAAAUGGUCCCGGAGUGGGAGAUAGCAGGCAAGCGGCUACGGAUGAUGUUAGCUGGUCUCGUCUUCUUCAUGGCCCUGUGUAGCAUCAUCAUGUCCUUCCUUCCCUUAAGCCAAGCCAUCCCAGUAUUUCCAGACUAUCGACACAUGGACCAUCCACCUCUCUGAUGGCUGCCCCUGUAGAAUUAUUAUUUGUUAUGUUUUGGUUUUUAUAUGAAAAAUUAGAUUUUCCUAUUGUCCUAACUAUUUUAAUUUAAUUAUUUUGUUAUGGUAUUUCAACCAUUAAUUAAUAUGAUAGUGUUAGCAGAGUUAUAUUUUAAAUUAAAUUAGAUUGUAUGGGAAAAUGUGUGAUAAUAUGCUUUCGCUGUAAUGCAAUUAAUUUCAUAAGGAAUAAUUAAAAUGUCUUGUUUAUCUUAUUUGGGUAAAUUAAAAUGUAUUUAAAAAAUAAAUGUAUUUUUGACUUAAACAAUCCAGUAGGUGGUAUGUUGAUAUGCAAGAAGGGUGCAGUCACUAAGAGAAAUGUUUGAUAAUAUAUAUAUAUGUAGCUUAUUUAGGACAUCCCAGAUUUGCCAAACUGUCACACCACAGGUCCAUGGUACUCAGAAGUUUUGUUCCAACUUCAGAAUGACAUCUCUUUGACUUUGUCUCGGCUUUAAGAGAAAAUUGGUUUUGACAAACAGACUAGCAUAAAGCAGGCUGCUCAAUAAAGCAAGUUUUUUAUUUCCAGAAAAACAUAAUUUGGACGAUAUAAUUGCCACCAGGAAUGUUGCUGGUCGUUUGUCCAUUUCUGGUCAUGUAUUAGCUUGAGAAUUGAUAUUCGAAUGAAGUUUAGACUUGGUGGGUGGCUUCCCCCUGGGUAAUUAACUAGUUUAAAAGAACACUUAAGAGUUGGUGCUUUGGUCAGCCAAAUGUCAAGGUCACUCUUACUGAGACUAAACUUGUCUGGGUGAUAACUUCAGAAACGAUACUUAAAACUUAGGAACAGAGCAAAUCAAUAUUGAUUUGGAGCGUAGUCAGCCAAAGGUCAAGGCCACCGUUACCCAAAAUUGGAAUUUAGUUUGCCAAAUGAUAACUUGCAAAUUAAUUGUCAGAUGGAGUUUGAGCUUUGUGUGUGGCUUCCCCUAAGGUAUUUGGGUCAAGGUCAGCUAAAAGUCAAGGUCAUCGUUGCUAAAAAAAGGUUUUGUCAUGUAUCUCAAUAGCACAUCGUCACACAAUUUUAACACUGACUUGGUAUGGUGGUUGUAACCCAAUUCGCAGAACUCUAUUGAAUAUAAACAAAUUAAGUCACUGAUGCUAAAAAUAGAUUCUGUCUGCCCUGAUUAUUACCAUUUACCAGAGACUUUUUUUCUGGGGUAUACCUUGCAUUAAUGAUAUUCAAUGGACAUUAUUAAAAAAUUUAUGGGAUAAGUUAACAUGCAUUAUCAUAUACAUGUACAUAAUUUACAAUUGGUAUUUUCCUGUUUUAGCCAUUGCCCAGUUGCCAUAGGAAAUUAUGUUCGCUCCAGUCUGGUCCCGUUUAAUUACUAACUAAUCUGGAUUUCACGAUCCUCUAUAACCUUUUUUAUAUGAGUUUGAUUACCUCUCAUAAGUUAUCAGGUAUUUUGCAUUUUUUUGUUGCUUUUUCGCUUUGAAAGUCCCAUGCGUAGCAUAUGAGAUUUGGCCUAAUCUUUGUUCAAUGCUACAGGACCCCUGUUUCCUUUAACAAUCGUUUGCUAUUGCUAAUUAUAAGUUUUGAGUAUUGACCACAAAAGCCGAUUCCCAUAACUGUCUAAUGAACUUUCUCACAAGAUUAUAUUUAGCCCUAAUUUAACAUUCGUUCAGGAGAUGAUGUUUUACAUUUAUUAUUUGGAGAACAUGGAAAUCUUUUUUCAAUACAUUGCGCAGAUCUUUCUUUCUAUUCUUGCUGCCCCGGGUUGGGCCAUUUCCACUGGCUAUCUUGUGAUUUUCAUACAAUUUUCAGGAUUGUAGGAUUUGUAUUUGCUGCAUAUUUAUUUUGAUUUUCGAAGGUGUUCGAAACUUGCACCCAUUGGAAAUUAACCAUGUUCAUCAUUCUGUAAACAAUGUUUUAUAUGGUAACCAUGGCAAUGACAGUGUUGACCACACCAAGUCAACCCAAUUUUAACCAGCUGUUCCUACUGCCAUCUUGAUAUGAAAAACUACCAUCUACCCUACCAAGUUUGCUGCAAUAGCCAUCACUAAAACAAUUCACUUUCAGAUUAUGUACGUAUUAUUAAAUGAUGACAAUACUCGCCUGUACAUCCCACUUCUAGACUGCCCCUAAACAGGGCCACUGACUGAACAAAAGAAUCCAUGUCAUGACAGCAAAAUUUGUUAAGCGGUAUUAAACGAAAUUUAUUCGUAUUGUGCCAACUAGUCAACUGCCACAUAUUAGCUGUGUGAAAUUAACUGUAAAGUAUGCUGUCCUUGCCAGCUUUUUCAUUUAGUUAUUUUCCAUUGACAAAUAGUUAUCUCCCCUUGUCCUAGAUAUUCUACAAUACAAGAUCAUCACUAUUACCCAUGCAACAGAAGUGAUAUGAUGAAAAUGUGCUGAAAAUCAUAGCUUAGAUAAGAUUUAUUUCGAAAAUUCAUUUUGCCCCUCUGCCAAACAGCCGAUGUCUGUCUGUCCAUUAUUCUUUGUGAAUGCAACUCCUUUGUCACUUCUUGAUGGGUUUUGACAAAAGUUGGUACAAAUGAACACCAUCAUUGUAGGUAGAUAUGAAUGAAGGAACAACUUGGUUUUAUCUAAUUUUGUGAGAGUUUUACGGUCUGUAAGCCCUUUGAAUAUAACUCCAUCAUUUCUUUGUGGAUUUCAGUGAAAGUUGAUAAAAAGGAUGAUAAUGGUGGGUAGAUGUAUGUGGAGUAAGUAAUUGUGGGUUUGACUGUUUUUGCAAGUUUUACGCAUUACAAUGUACAUGUAUAGAUUUUGAUAUCGUAAAACAGCUCUACCUACAUUUCUUAACGGAUUUUGAUGAUUCGAAAUGGUAGAUAGGAAGCUAAUGUGGGUACACAAAGAAAAUAUGACUGUAUUAUCAAGUUUUUUCUGCAUCUCUUGUGAAUGUAGCUAUACUGAAUAGAGUUAUGCCAUUUUGUAUUGUUCAAGGGGAAUUUCAUGUAUUACACUACUAUUUUCCACUAAUGAAAAGAAAUAAGAUCUGAUAUCAAGUUGUAUUCUAGCCUUUAAAUCAGAACCAUACUUUGAUUUUUGAGUUUUCUUCUGAAUUUUGAAAAUCAAUUAUAAAAUGAUAUGCUAUAUUUACAAUUCAUUCAGAAAUAAUAUAAGUUAUCUGCAUCUUAUACUUUCCCCAUUAAUUCCUCUGUAAGCUAUUGUUGUUUGAUCAUUGUUGCCAUCACUACAUAGUCAACUUGAACAUUUAAUUACUGAUAUCUAUAAAUUUGAAGAAUGAAUUUGACAGAAAUCAAAUUCCUUUAAUUAGUACUUGAAUCAACAUAUCAUUGUUUUGACAAAUCUUCAACCUGCUAUAAUGUUUGGUUCAAAAGUCAUAUCUUUAACGAUUCACAUGCAUUUUAUGCUUUUUCUGUGUUUUAAAAUCAAUACUGUGAUACUUUUUAGUAAAAUGUGUUAAUUUAUGUAUAUUAAUUUAAAAAUUGUAUGAUUUUUGUAACAUCACAUGAUUGUCAUGUGACAGUACUGUGAUUGAUGGAUGUUUGAUAGUACAAAGAGAACAAAUAAAACCAGAUUGAGAAUAACUUUAUAUAUAUAUGCAAUAGCUUCUGACCCUACCCAGGUUUCUUUUUAACUUUUUAAUCUUUUAAAGUCAUAGGAUCUACGAUAUUCACGUCAAAAAUAAAUGUCCAGUUUUCAGGGAAAUGACUCUCAAGUUGAAUAAAUGAAUUUUAAAAAUACCUUACAUUGUUUUGUUUUCACCAUUAUGAUCAAAUUAAGGAGAUAUUAUUGUUUUUCCACAAGCUCAUGAUUAUCACACAGAUAAUACUUACUGAUUUUCAAUAUACAAGAUCACAGUUCUCGGAUUAUAUAUUCAAGAUAAAAAAAAGUCUUGUAUGUUCAUUACACAUAAUAAAGUUAUAUCAAUUAAAACAAUUUUAUUGUAAAGAAAUAAAGAUUUUUGAGUUAAUCAAUCUUAAACUGGUUUAAGUAGCCAUGUGCUGUACAGGUAAUUGUUGACAAAAAGAAAAUGAUGUUCGGAUAUUAGAGUGCUGUAGAAUGCAUCGAAAAUGCCCAAGCAGCAUGCAAUAUGUUGCAUUAUCAUGCCAAUAUUCUGAUGUGUGGUAACAACUGGUAAACUGAUAACAUAUGAAACAGAAACAGAUCUUGGGGAAGUUUGGAUAUUUAACAUUUGCUGUUUUAAUACUUAACACAAACAAAAUUAUACCCAAUUAAUAUCUAAAUUGAGUGGGUAUUUUUCGUAAGUGUCCUUCGUUCCUUGUCCUUUUUUCUUUUCCGGCAUAUGAAAAUUCAGAUUCAAAUUCGGGUAGAAUAACAAAAGAUAGCUAAAUAUAAACCAUGAGGUUUAAUGUCUGUAGAGAGUUAUUCAUUCAUAAUAUUAUGGUAGACUUGCCUGGUAGACUUGCCUAGCCAUGAUGAAGCUUUUCAGUUAGGUCUCCUGUGAUGCAAGAACAUCAAAUGUCUUAAUAUUUAUCUCUUGGAGCAUCCGAUUAAAAUGUAUGUUAAAACAAAAAUUUGUUCCAUAAUUUUCUGUGUCAAUUAAUGAAACAAAGCCAUAUCUUAUGUAAUGUGACAAAUUAAUCAGUUAAUAUUUAAAACAAUAAAAUAUUGUUUCCAAGAA